AUAUAUAGCCACUUGCUGCUUGUAUCUAGCUAGGUCGUUGUUACUUUUGCUUCUUUCUACGAGCAAUGCACUGCAGGCGCGGUACCAUCCUUCUGUCGGAAGUUCAAAUGGACACCCUGCCGGUACGGUCGUGUCUACCUCAUCAGGAACGGCAUACAAGAUCCGGCUAGACUGUAACUAGUCUAAUAGUAGUCGUCUUGGCAAAGACAGCAACAAGUCAAGCAUGAAGAAAGCUGCCGUGGAAGCCAACGUCCAAGUCGUCCGUGUUAGCUUUUUGUCCCGCGCGCAUUGAAAACAACUCCCACUCGUGUCGACUCACACACAACACACAUGAAUGAAGCAAUCGAAACGAAAUCGUGGAAGAUCCGUACCGCAGCUUCCGCUAUUAAUACUUUCUAGUUGCGACUACACCUCUACUGGACUGUCGACCAUUUGAAUUGUGCAGAUUUGAUAUUUCCUCUUCAAAAGUCAAGCAGCAGAAGAACGUACCCUUGACGUUGGUGCAACAGGCAUCGUUCCUUGGCUGAUCCCAUGAUGUCGCCAUCGAGAGAGACGAAUCGACGAUGGCCCCUCAUCCCGUUGGUGUUGGUGCUUUUGUUUCUUGCAGCAGUGCCAAGCAAAGCCGACAGUAGUGCUUCAUACUUGAGACAGCCCAGACAACGAAAGCUGCAACUCACGACAACCGAGUACAACGUGUUGCUCCAUCUGUCUCUUGACUAUGCCAACGAUGCAUUUGCAGCUGCCUUCGCAGAUCGCAACAGUGAUACUGUGAAAUACUUUUGCAGUGCGGUGAAUCUCCAGGCGGGUGGCAAUCAGGUCCAACAAAUCGCAGAAUUGAACGGACUGUCGAUUGAAACACGGAUACUGGGCCUGUUCAGCCAGCCAGACUACCAAUGUACAAUUGUCGACUCUGCGAGGACUCUAGACUCCGACAUGGAUUCCUCAGGCCAGCUCUACUCUUAUGGUGUGACAGUUGAGCAGGUGGUCUAUGUUACUGCAAAUCGCACGCUACCUUUGGCAGGUGUGACUUCGAUGGUGGAGAGUGGCUUCAACAGGGGAUCAGGUGGUCGAGUCAGAUUCCGUUCUCUCCUUCGAGAUCACACCAUGUUUGCAACAGUUCAAAACGUUGAAGUAGUCGAAGGGCCUCUUACCAAACAUCCGACGCCCAUUCCCACGCCCAGACCAAGUCCCAUGCCUACAGGCACUCCGUCGGUUGCCCCGACUGCAGAUCCGUCGCAAACGCCUACACUGAGGCCAACAAUCUUCAGAACGGACCCCCCCACUUCGCCACCAGUCGAAAUAACACCGAGUCCAACGACCUUGCCACCAACUGAACAUCCAUCCAAUGACGAAAUGCCCUCAGCGUUCACUCCAGCGCCCUUGCUUCAUGGCACUGAUAAGGACCCUGACAGCAAUGCAUCCAUGGAUCCUGUGACCAUAGCUGUCAUUGUCGCGGGGACCCUCAUGAUUUUGAUUGCCGCCUGUUGUUUGUUUUACCUGUGGUACAUGUACAGAGCAACGGAGGAGGAUGACAAACGCAAAGCCGACGGUGCGAGUUUGUCAUGGCUCCGUAGAAACCUUAGUCCCCUAAUGGAUGACAAUGAUGACAGUGUACCCAACGUUGGGACUGUGCCAAACAUGGUUCAGCUGGACGAUGACAACCGUUCGUUGGCCAAUACUACACUCGGAGAUCAGACAGCUGGCGGAGGGGCGAGGCGUCGGCAACAACAGCAGCAGCACCAAGAGUCAUUGAACAAAAACAAGAAGGAAGGCAAUCAGGAUAGCGGGCCACAAGAGAACGGCCGAAUCCUCAACAGCUUCGACGACAACUCAUUGUAUACAUCGCACCAGUCAGUGCCAGCCCCUCCGAGCCAGGAUCCAGCGGAUGAGACCGCGAAGGAAAGCAUUGGCGGAUCCUUCUUUGAAGCAUCGUCAAACUCGGUAAUGCUUCCGCCGUCCAUUAUGCCUUACGAAGAAGAUAGUAUCGUGUUCCCCAUUCAAGACUUUGAAAGUGACACAACCAGUUUGGAGAGUGGAGCUGUCCAGAGCUCAAUUCUCUCGUCAAGCUUCGCAUCUUCAUCGUUGUCUCCAACCAACAUCAACCGAGGUCCGGUUGAUAUAGAUGCUGUUGAAAGCUCAAGCCAGGAGGAAGACUUGUUCGGAACCGAUCCAUUCACGGUUGUAUCACCGAAUGAUGUUGUAGUGCCAAGGAAGAAGAAGAAACUGGUUGUGAUUGAAAACUCAAAACUUGCAACGCAAGGAAAGAGUUCCAAGGACAGGAGAGAGACAGAGUCAUCGCAUUUCUCUCUCUUUGAUAGCAGCGAUAAGAACCUUCUCAACCACCUCAAGCUCGGGGCGGAGCAGCCGCCUAGUGGAGGCAAUUCAAGUUUUCGCAGUGAAGCCGAUGUCGAACCGUCAGUAGCAUCCUCGACAUCAAGUCUUACCAAGAAGGCCGAGAAUCUGUUCAUGUUUGGCUUCCGAUCUCCACCGGAGGAGCACAAAUCUGAGCUGUCUUCGUCGACGGCAACGCCGAACGAAGAGGAAAAGCGAGAGAUUGAAUGCGAGACACGCGACGACGAGAAGUCCGACGAUAUCUUUUUUGCUGAUUUCGAAAGCGGCAAUCGCGAGGAGGGGAAAGUGUCGUUUCCGAUCGAUCUCUUGGCCGAUAAUCAGCAACUUGAGAGGUCCGCAUCGCCGGCCUCGUGGGCUUCCUGGAAGUUACCUGAAGAACCGAGACCAAAGCAGCCAGACGAGGAAGAAUCCAAAAUAGCACCCAGAGAUGAUCAGGAGAGCGGUGACAGCUCGGAAACAAGGCCGGUCCGCAACCAAUUCCUGGGAGCUUCGGCAACAGUAACAGCAGCUGGUUUCCGUCGUUUCAUUCCAAUCGAGGACGGUGAAACGAAGGAAGCGUCCCCAACUCCCAAGCAGAGCAACGCAGGACGGCUCCAGGAGAAGUUGGCAUCACCGCGUGAAGAUGAUGCGAUCCACCCUGCUUCGACGGAGCUCAGCUCUCCAGCAGCUGAUGAUGGAACAGGCAUUCUGGGAGUCCAACCGCGAAAGGAGGCAGACGCCCUCGUAGAGAUUCGUUCCGUGUCUUCCAGCUCAACCGGGAUGUCCAACCCGUGGCUCUUCGAGACAGUAGAGAAAGCGCUGGGGCCUAGAUCGGUGACGGCGGACAUGGAGUCCCUGAGUGGACGUUCCCACAGGUCUGGAAAGUCUCACAGAUCCAGAAGCUCUCAUCACUCGCAUCGUUCCCACAAAUCGAAUCGCUCCUACAAUGUGCCAUCUGGCAGCAAGUACAGGGGGAGAGGGGAUGGACGGAUCAGAAGUGCGGCGGCAAGUGUUGCCAGCUAUGGGGGUUCCUCUGCUUUUGAACGCAAGAGUGGUGAUGCAGACAAGCCGUUGGAGCCCCGCCAUUCUUUGGAGCACGAUCUAAAUCGGUUGGAGAUGCAGCUUGCAGCCCUUCAGACAGAGACGGAUCAGGUCACCGCAUCCUCCAUCACGCUGUCUAGUGUUGGUGCCAAGACGCGCUCGACGCGUUCCUCCAAGCUGACCCACACCGGAAACAAGAUUAUUCGCAAACGGCGUGUAAUCGUGGAGGUUCCACCAGGAAAGCUGGGAGUCAUUCUUGCCAAUCGACACGAUGGGAGAGGCACUGUAGUUUCUGAAGUCCGACCAGACAGCAGUUUGAAGGGGAUGCUGUCACCGGGAGACAAGCUUGUCGCAAUCGACGGAGAAGAUGUUCAGGGAUUCUCUGUGAAUGAAAUCACUGAAAUCAUGACAAAGAAACACAACAUGGAACGUCUGCUUACCGUUAUCACAUCAAUGCAUCAAGAGACCAAGUCGGUUGGCACUCUAUGAAAGGUGUUGGUUCUAUGAAAUGGGCGGGAAGGUAUAUUUGGUGGACCAGUUUGUUUGUUGGGGGUGACAAGCUCUUGCUCUACGAUUUCGGAUGAUUUGAGAGAGUGACUUGUUGCCUAUUAGUUUUUCCCAGCAUUGGCAUUUGCAAAGCAUGCAACAAGAGAGUAGCUUUUCAAGACCUCCUAAUGUCUACUAUUCUUUUGUAUGCCUGCAUGCAGUCCAAUCCAAUACUGUACCAUCAUUUUUUACACGUCCCUUCGUUUCUAAUCAAGUAUGGUCUAGCUGUUGCUGCUCAAUCCAUCCAGCAUCUGCCGUGUCUGUUUUUGUGUAUUCAUUCUUCGCUGCAACUAACUGGACUGGAAAUGAAAAAAGGGGGGCAUUCUUCUUCUUACAGAGCACCCAGCGAUUGAUCAUCUAGCUGCAGGAACGUCCUGGCUCCAUUGCCGCCCACACUUCCUUGAGAACCCAUGGAAUUUUGACGAAAUGCGCCUCUGUUUCCGGGCGCCGCUCGUCCUAUGAGUCGAUGUUUGGCCCCGGACAGUCGUCGAAUAGGAACGGUCCGAGUCGGUGUAUCACGGCCACUUCCAUCACCCCCCAUUCCUCCAAGGUUCCCUGACAUGGAUCGUCCGUGGCUCGCCAGAUGUUUUCGCAUGCCCGUACCCGAUGAAUUGGAUCUCGACAGUGUUCGCGAAGAGCCUUGCCGUUGUACGGAUCGUCCCGAUAGCUGUUUGACGAGGUUCCGACUCAUGGCGGAUCGUCUCAUGCUUUCGCAUAGUUUCUCCAUGGCUUCGUUGAUUCCUGGAUCCGAGGGUGUGUUGGCAAUGAUUUUGCCAUUGGCGUCGACUUUGGGCGUGGGUCCUCUGACUCUUCCGCCCGACCGCGACGAUGAGUUUCGCAUUUGGACCGAUGCACUCAGCUGUGCCACCGAGGGCGUGGGAUUGGGUGAUGUCGGCAGGGAUCCCGCUCGGUCCAUGUUGACUCCUACGCCACCACCACCACCCUGGAAAGAGGGUCCUUGAAUCGCCGACAUGGACUGAUGAAAGGCAGCAGGACCACCGCCGCCUUGCUGACCGGGAUUCAUACUUUGAAGAGCCGUAUUGAGAGAUCCAUUGCGCCCAACUUGCAUUCCGUUCAUGCCCAUGUUUUGCAUGGCCAUUUGCCCUUGCAUGUUGGGAUUGUUGAACUGACCAGCUCCUCCCAUUCUUGGCUGCAUGGCAUUCAUCAUGGCAGCUGCUUGCAUUGGGUUUCCCAUCAUUCCAUUGGCUGCUGCUUGCUGUUGCAUGGGGUUUCCUUGCAUCAUAUUUUGCUGCUGCAUGGCUUGUUGCAUGUUCAUUCCUUGCAUCUGCGACAUUUGCCGUAGAGCUGCUGCAUUCAUGUUGUUCAUUCCUUGCAUCUGCUGCGGCAUGUUGUUUCCUUGCAUACCUGCAAAAUUGGCGUUGCCUCCUGCUCCCAUUGGGUUCAUUCCAUUCAUGUUCAUCGCCGCCAUUCCACCGUUCAUGGCGGACAUGUUUGGCGACAUGCCUCCUCCUCCUCCUCCCGCCGAACGACGACCACUGCCAUCCAUUCCUCCCUGAUUCGACAAGUUGCCCAUGGGCGCCUGCUGCUGCUGUCCUUGUCCCAUACCGCCGCCGCCACCCCCAAAUUGGUAACCUGGGUUCAUUCCACUUCCUAGCGACGACGCCUGCGCGCCAUAGUUAUUUUGGGGAACCCCCGAAAAAGGGGGGGAGGAAGCAGACGACGCAGACGAUCCGGGUGUUACCGCCGCGGCGGGAGGCAUGCCUUGUUGCUGCUGCUGUUGUUGUUUUUGCUGUGACGAGUAACCAUAGUCAUUCCCUUCACCACCAUCGUCUUCUACAUCAACGGUACUGGCCGCGCGACUGUGACCCCCUUUGUUGUUAUCGAAUAAGGGGGACUGAAGCAAUUCGAAAGGAUCAAAGUCAUCGUUGGGAUCGUUGCCUCCUCCUCCUGUCGGGGCGUCGGCUGGCAAUGGAUCUUCGCCAUCGUUGGGGUAGUAAUUCGGAUCGUAGUUGCCGUAUCCGUCCAUCUUCUUGAUCGUUCGUUACCUUGGAUGCUCGGGUACGGUACAGUUCAGUUGGAUGACUCAAGCCGCAACACAGCAAACAACAUCUCCGAUCUUGCUGUUUGUGCGCUUCUUGUGUUUUUUCCUCGUUGCUCGGUCUACUCCUCUCCCUCAUGGAUAAGAUAAUGUAGGUCUGAUUGCACUGGUAAGAUUCAAAAAGACCCUACUGGGAUCCUUAUACGCGCUACGUACUGUAUGACAUAGCAGGUGGCCAGCAGAAUACCCCCCCCUCCCGGCCCCCCAAACACAAUGAAGAUUGUAUCCGGGUACGGUAGCAAAUCAAUUCAUCUCAGGUACCAGGUAGCAAAUCAAAUCAAAUCAAAUCAGAAGUUACAGAAGCAAUGCUGCACUGCCAACUUGUUGCUCAAUCCCUUCUAGCUAGCGUUUUAAUAAAGUAGCUGCCCUUCAGUUCAAGCUACAGUAAUUCAAUGCGUUCCAAAGCGUACCUGUUCCAUGUUU